AUGGAGAACGGCACAGAGGGCAAGAACUUCUACAUCCCCAUGAACAACAGGACGGGGCUUGUGAGGAGUCCUUUUCACUAUUCACAGUAUUAUUUGGCGGAUCCAUGGCAAUUCAAACUGCUUGCUCUUUACAUGUUCUUCCUGAUCUGCACCGGCUUCCCCAUCAAUGCUCUGACACUGUUGGUCACAGCUCAGAACAAGAAGCUACGGCAACCUCUCAACUUCAUCCUGGUCAACUUGGCUGUGGCUGGACUGAUCAUGGUCUGCUUUGGGUUCACAGUCGCCUUUUAUUCUUCCCUCAUGGGCUAUUUCUCCUUGGGACCAAUGGGUUGUGCUAUUGAAGGAUUCAUGGCUACACUUGGAGGUCAAGUGUCUCUGUGGUCUCUCGUGGUUCUAGCUAUUGAGAGAUACAUUGUGGUCUGCAAACCCAUGGGUAGCUUCAAAUUUACAGCCACCCACGCUUCAGUUGGCUGUGCAUUCACCUGGAUCAUGGCUUCCUCCUGUGCUGUUCCUCCUCUGGUCGGCUGGUCAAGGUACAUUCCUGAGGGUAUUCAGGUCUCCUGUGGACCUGACUACUACACUUUGGCUCCAGGCUACAAUAACGAAUCAUUCGUCAUGUACAUGUUUAGCUGCCACUUUUGUGUUCCCGUCUUCACCAUCUUCUUCACUUAUGGAAACUUAGUGUGCACAGUGAAAGCGGCUGCAGCCCAGCAACAGGACUCAGCAUCCACCCAGAAGGCUGAGAAGGAAGUGACACGCAUGUGCAUCCUGAUGGUGAUGGGCUUCCUCGUGGCCUGGACCCCAUACGCCAGCUUUGCUGCAUGGAUCUUCUUCAACAAGGGAGCUGCCUUCUCAGCUACAGCCAUGGCUAUCCCUGCCUUCUUCUCAAAGAGCUCAGCAUUGUUCAAUCCUGUGAUCUAUGUGUUGAUGAACAAACAGUUCCGUAACUGCAUGCUGACCACUGUUGGAAUGGGCGGUAUGGUGGAGGAUGAGACCUCAGUAUCAACCAGCAAGACAGAAGUGUCCUCUGUCUCUUAAGAAUAAUAACUACACUUCUUUGGACGUCCACCUUCCUGAUGUCUUCCGGAUUCUGAAUGGCUAUCUUGAAAUGGAAAUAAUAAGCAAAUGGAUACAGACAAAUGAGCUUUUCUGCAACAAAUGGACGGCUGAAUCUCGACAACGCUAAUGGAUUUUUCAAAUGGACUAAUAAUGAUUUCAAUACAGACGGUGGUGUCAUUUUGUUACUUUCAGUAGGGUCUCCAAGAAAUACUGCAGGUUCCUAAACAUCACCUACAAACCUUCACAUGCUGUACAGUGAUAUCUGACACCAGGUAUAGCAUGUGAAGCUUUCCUCUCACAGCAACAUUUCUUGUUGAACAUUAGUCAAAGUAAUUCUGCUAUUCAAUGAAUGGAAAUAUCAACAUAAAAAUCAUAAAAAUGUACCAGUGCUUAUUUUGUUCUGCUAUAUUGAAACUUUAUUUUUUGAAGGUCAGAACUGAUUUCCUUGGCCGAUUGUGUAUAUAUUUUAUAAAUACUUAUCACAUUUGAAAUGUAGGUAAA